AAUUUUCCUAAUGAAAAUUUUAUGUUCAUACUAGCAGUAUCACCAUAUGUCUGUGCAACUUCAUCGCACGAUUCAAACCUUUGCAAGUUCUAUCAUACGAAAGCCAAAAUGUUCUUUACUUGACAAAAAUAAAAAAUUGAAUGAGUUGUCAAAACUGGGUCAAACUGAUGAAGCACGAAAGAUGUUUGAUAAAAUGCCUGAGAAAGACGAGUUUACAUGGACUACAAUGGUUGCGGCAUAUGCCAAUGGAGGGAGGCUUGUUGAAGCAAGGCAAGUGUUCGAGGAGAUCCCAAUUAAGAGUUCAAUUACUUGGUCUUCUCUUAUUUGUGGAUACUGUAAGCAUGGUUUUGAAAUUGAAGGAUUUGAAUUUUUUUGGCAAAUGCAAAGUGAGGGACAUAGGCCUAGUCAGUUUACAUUGGGAAGUAUUUUGAGAAUGUGCGCGAUAAAAGGUUUGCUUUCGAGAGGUGAACAGAUACAUGGAUAUGCUAUUAAGACUUGUUUUGAUAUGAAUGUUUUUGUAAUGACUGGACUUAUUGAUAUGUAUGCGAAGUCUAAGCGUGUCUUGGAGGCUGAGUGUAUUUUCCAAAUUAUGUCUCAUGGGAAAAAUCACGUUACUUGGACUGCUAUGAUUAAUGGGUAUUCUCAAAAUGGUGAUGCAUUAAGAGCAAUUCAGUGUUUUAGCAGCAUGCGUGCAGAAGGGAUUGAGGCGAACCAGUAUACAUUUCCAGGUGUUUUGAGUUCAUGUGCUGCACUCACUGAUAUUAGAUUUGGGGUGCAGGUACAUGGUUGUAUUGUUAAUGGUGGUUUUGAGGCCAACGUGUUUGUUCAAAGCUCGUUAAUCGACAUGUAUUGUAAAUGUGAAGAUUUGCACAGUGCUAAGAAGGCAUUGGAACUGAUGGAGGUAAAUCAUGCAGUUUCUUGGAAUUCCAUGAUACUUGGGUAUGUGAGGAAUGGAUUUCCAGAUGAGGCACUGUCUCUGUUCAAAAAGAUGUAUGCUUGUGAUAUGGAAGUGGAUGAGUUUACGUACCCUUCAGUUCUGAAUUCCCUUGCUUGUAUGCAGGAUCCCAAAAAUGGGAAAUGUCUUCAUUGCUUGGUUGUUAAAACUGGAUAUGAGAGCUACAAGCUUGUUAGUAAUGCACUUGUUGAUAUGUAUGCCAAACAGGGAGACCUAGCUUGUGCGAUUAAUGUUUUCAACAGCAUGGUUGAGAAGGAUGUAAUCUCAUGGACAUCACUUGUCACUGGCUGUGCUCACAAUGGCUUUUAUGAAGAAGCUCUGAAAUUAUUCUAUGAGAUGAGAACGGCUGAAAUUAAACCAGACCAAAUUAUCAUUGCUAGUGUUCUAAGUUCUUGCUCAGAGUUGGCACUACAUGAACUUGGGCAGCAAGUUCAUGCGGAUUUUAUUAAAUCUGGCCUUGAGGCAUCAUUAUCAGUUGAUAAUUCUCUUAUGACAAUGUAUGCCAAUUGUGGGUGCCUUGAAGAUGCCAAAAAAGUAUUCAUCUCAAUGCAAAUGCAUAAUGUGAUCAGUUGGACUGCUCUCAUAGUGGCUUAUGCCCAGAAUGGCAAAGGAAAGGAGUCUCUGAGAUUUUUUGACGAGAUGAUUGCGAGUGGAAUAGAACCUGACUUUAUUACAUUUAUAGGCCUGUUGUUUGCCUGCAGCCAUACAGGCCUUGUUGACGAUGGAAAGAAGUACUUCGCUUCAAUGAAGAAAGAUUAUGGGAUAAGACCAAGCCCUGAUCACUAUGCAUGUAUGAUCGAUCUUUUGGGCCGUGCGGGGAAAAUACAGGAGGCUGAGAAGUUAGUUAAUGAAAUGGAUAUUGAACCUGAUGCUACUGUGUGGAAAGCGUUGCUUGCUGCAUGUAGAGUAUAUGGGAACACAGAUCUAGCAGAGAAAGCUUCAACGGCCCUCUUUCAGCUGGAACCACAAGAUGCUGUCCCUUAUGUUAUGUUGUCAAAUAUCUAUUCUGCUGCUGGAAAAUGGGAAAAUGCAGCAAAACUUAGAAGAAAAAUGAAUUUGAAGGGUUUAAACAAAGAGCCUGGUUAUAGUUGGAUUGAGAUGAAUGGAGUGGUGCACACAUUUAUAUCUGAGGAAAGAAGUCAUUCAAAGAGUGAUGAAAUUUACUCAAAACUUGAGGAUGUUAUUGCAUUGAUAAAGGAAGCUGGAUAUGUGCCAGACACAAUUUUUUCUCUCCAUGAUAUCAAUGAAGAAGGAAGGGAACAAAGUCUUUCUUAUCACAGUGAGAAAUUGGCUAUUGCUUUUGGGCUUCUUUAUGUGCCAAAAGGAGUACCAAUUCGGAUUUUCAAGAACCUUCGUGUAUGUGGUGACUGCCAUAAUGCAAUGAAAUUCGUGUCAAGAGUUUUUGAUCGACAUAUUAUUUUGCGAGAUUCAAAUUGUUUUCAUCAUUUUAAGGAAGGGAUAUGUUCUUGUGGGGAUUAUUGGUAGAAAACACUCCUUUAAAUUUUUGUGGCUCUUGUUUCCUUUGCGCUUGGAAAGAUAA